GCGAAGUCGCUAUAGAGACCGAGCGGCUUCCCGCUCACGGUUGGCAUCAACAGCGCUGAGGAGGGAGGGAGUACUUUUGGCCAGAAAGGCGAACUUCUGAGGGCUCUUGGAGCGGGAAUACCUGACUGGCAAGCGGGCGCGGACACAAGUUAAGGAGCAGAGGCCUCAUCGCCCCGAGUUCCUCACAGAGGUACGGAGCUGUGAGCUUGGAAUAGGCGCUCACCUUGCCCAGAGGUCACUUUGUCGAUGAAAUGGUCCUAGAAUCAUAGGCAAAGCCAUCUUUACACAUGCCCAUUUCUGCUCAUAUGUGGAGCAUCAGCAUCAGUAAGAGACAAUAAAGUACAGUAUUUCAUAGAAGCCAAUUGAAGAUGGUAACUAAAACAGGUUGUCCCCCUGUUUCAGCACAUGCUUUAAAAAAAAAAAAGGAAUGAGGAUUUUAUUCAACAUUGGUGCUUUGUGAUCAUGGAAGGUACUUAGAGGUUAUUUCUGCCCUAAAAAUGUCGCAUGUCCAUUAUAAUUUGAACCCUAUAUUGGUAAGCCACAUUAAAGUCAAUAGGCCUUACUUCUAAGUAAACAAGCAUUGGAUUGUGUUGCCUAGGUGUUACUUUGUCUGGUCAAUUAACAUCAGCUAAAGCUUUGCCAAUGAUUGAGAACAAAAUCAGUAACAAUAAAGCACAAUAGGCUCAAAACCAAUAUUGUGUAGUCAACUGCCAGGAACCAAAAGACUGCAAAUCAUUGCAAGGCCUGCUUCUGUUGCUAAAUCCUUGCAUAGUAACUCCUUGGUGGGUUGUAGUAUCUAUGUUGCAGGAAUCCCAAGAGGUUAGAGGGCAUAUGUUGUGCAUAAUGGCAUAUUCUCUUCUGAAUAAGAAAGUGUCCAUUAAUUUACAUUAAUGGGAGUUAUGGCAAUUGAAGAAGUUCUCUAAAGUCCAUUAUUUCUGCGGAACCUUUUGUAAAGUUUUUUUUCUUCCAACAGUUGUUUGUAACUUUUAUUGCUAGGAAUGGUUCCAGAGCUUUCCCAAAGUUUCUGACUAUAUUGAAAAGUUAAUACAAACACUUCCUCAUCUUUAUGCAUAAAUCUGUAGCACAUUGCAUUACCACUUUGGGCCAGAGAAGGUAAUGAUUGAUUAAAAUGUGAGUAUUAAUAUUUUAGGUUACUUUUUUGUAUGUGUUUUACAGGUAUUAACUGUGCAACCAAGAUUUUUUUUAUAUCAAUGUAGCAACUGGGAUGAUCAAUAACAGAAAUCAUAAUGAGACUAAAGACAUCUCUGUUGAAGGAACCAAAACAUAAGGAAUUGGUUAGUUGUGUAGGCUGGACCACAGCAGACGAUCUUUAUUCAUGCAGUGAUGAUCACCAAAUUAUGAAAUGGAACUUGUUAAAUGGUGAGACAACACUAGUAGCAAAGCUUCCUGAUGAUAUCUAUCCCAUCGAUCUUCACUGGUUUCCCAAAAGUUUUGGUGGAAAGAGACAAACUCACGCUGAAAACUUUGUACUUACAAGUUCUGAUGGCAAGUUCCAUUUGAUUUCCAAGACUGGAAGAGUUGAAAAAAGUGUAGAAGCCCACUGUGGAGCUGUACUUGCAGGGAGAUGGAAUUAUGAGGGAACAGCACUUGUUACAGUUGGUGAAGAUGGACAAGUCAAAAUAUGGUCUAAGAGUGGAAUGCUGAGAUCAACUUUAGCACAACAAGGCACACCAAUAUAUUCAGUAGCAUGGGGCCCUGAUUCUGAAAAGAUUCUUUACACAUCAGGAAAGCAGUUGAUUAUCAAACCACUUCAACCAAAUGCUAAAGUUCUGCAGUGGAAAGCUCAUGAUGGAAUUAUUCUAAAAGUUGAUUGGAACUCUGUCAAUGAUCUUAUUCUAUCAGCUGGUGAAGAUUGCAAAUACAAGGUGUGGGAUAGCUAUGGUCGUCUAUUGUAUAGUUCACAGUCGCAUGAGUAUCCUAUCACUUCUGUUGCUUGGGCUCUGGAUGGGGAGUUAUUUGCUGUGGGGUCCUUCCAUACCUUACGCCUUUGCGAUAAAACUGGGUGGUCCUAUGCCUUAGAGAAACCAAACACUGGCAGCAUAUUUAAUAUUGCUUGGUCUACUGAUGGCACGCAAAUAGCGGGGGCUUGUGGAAAUGGACACGUGAUUUUUGCUCAUGUUGUGGAACAGCGCUGGGUGUGGAAAAACUUUGGAAUAACAUUAACUAAAAGAAGAACGAUGGAGGUUCGUAAUGUACUUAACGAUGCAGUGGAUUUACUGGAAUUUCGAGACAGAGUCAUUAAAGCCUCUUUGAACUAUGGGCAUUUAGUAGUUUCAACAUCUCUUCAGUGUUACAUAUUCUCGACUAAAAACUGGAAUACACCAUUAAUCUUUGACCUUAAAGAAGGAACUGUCAGUUUAAUUUUACAGGCAGAAAGGCAUUUUCUUCUUGUAGAUGGUGGAGGGCUAUAUUUAUAUUCUUAUGAAGGACGUUUAAUUUCCUCUCCGAAGGUUCCAGGAAUGAGAACAGAUAUACUAAAUGUUCAGACCAUUUCUUUGAGUAAUGAUACCCUAGCAAUAAGAGAUAAAUCUGAUGAAAAAGUUAUUUACCUGUUUGAACCUUUAGCUGGAAAGCCCUUAGGAGAUGGGAAGCCCCUUACUCAUAAGACAGAAAUCAUGGAAAUUGCCUUAGACCAGAAAGGACAUACAAAUGAAAGGAAAAUUGCUUUUAUUGACAAAAAUAGAGACCUUUAUAUAACAUCAGUGAAGAGAUUUGGUAAAGAACAGAAGGUUAUCAAAAUAGGAACAAUGGUUCAUACUUUGGCGUGGAAUGACACAUGCAACAUACUCUGUGGACUUCAAGAUACACGCUUCACAGUCUGGUACUAUCCCAAUGUGAUAUAUGUAGACAAAGAUAUCUUACCAAAAACCCUUUAUGAAAGGGAUGCAAGCGAAUUUAGUAAAAAUCCCCAGAUUGUGAGUUUUGCUGGAAGUCAAGUAACGGUCAGGAGAGCCGAUGGCUCACUUAUUCACAUCAGUAUUUCACCUUAUCCAGCCAUACUCCAUGAAUAUGUCAACAAUUCAAAAUGGGAAGAUGCUGUCAGAUUAUGUCGCUUUGUUAAGGAUCAAACAUUGUGGGCAUGUUUAGCUGCUAUGGCAGUAGCCAGUAAAGAUAUGAAUACAGCAGAAAUAGCCUAUGCAUCAAUAGGUGAAAUCGACAAAGUUCAGUAUAUCAGUUCUAUUAAAGAUCUUCCAUCAAAGGAAUCAAGAUUGGCUCAUAUCCUGCUUUUCAGUGGAAAUGUACAGGAUGCUGAAACACUGCUUCUUCAAGCUGGCCUUUUUUAUCAAGCUAUUCAAGUCAACAUUAACCUUUACAACUGGGAAAGGGCACUAGAACUUGCAGUGAAACACAAGACACACGUUGACACGGUUCUGGCUUACCGACAAAAGUUCUUGGAUGACUUUGGUAAAAAAGAAACAAAUCAGAGAUUUUUGCAGUAUGCAGAAGGGCUUGAAGUCAACUGGGAUAAAAUCAAAGCCAAAAUAGAAUUGGAAAUUGCUAAAGAGAGAGAACGAGCUGCAGCUACACCAGCAGUCAGAGCAAGCGUAACCAUACAGCGCUAAGUGGCAUGCUGAUUAUAUUAAGUAGUGGUUUUAUCACUCUGCUACUUCAGCAUACUGGUAAGCCUUGGUAUUUUGGGAUGGACAGUAGUGCCUGACUCCCAAAUCCUGAACUUUCUAUAGCUAUUGCUUUAUUGUUAAUGCAAAUGAAUUUGUAUGUAUGUCAUCCUAUGCUACGAACGACAACCCUAUUCUGGUUAUGGUAAUAUGAACAGUUUGGAGUGAGCAUGGCAUAUGUUACCAGAAUCAGGUUCCCUGACUUUUGGUUUCUCAAAAGAAAAUUGUUGGUCUUGGUAGCAGAGAUGAGGCAGUGGAAAUAAAUAAAUGGUCAACUAUUAAGAUUACCAAUAGACAAGCAUGGAAUUUAUUUUCAAAGCAGACCGCUUACCUAAACAUAUUUAUGCCUAAGGAAGCUCUUUUUGUAUACAAGUUUAUGGGUCUGGAGUAUAAUCUGCCUGAAAACUGAGGAAGCAUUAUACCAUGAGCACAGACUGCAGUCCUGAAACUGCUGGAUAAUGAAUAUUUCCAAGGAAUUUAAUAAAGUUUCUGAUUUGUUUUUCUUUUGUAAAUGAUUUUGAGAUUGCAGGGUUAACUUUAGCAGAAGCAGCAUAAUGAACCCUGCUGGAAUGAAACAAAUAUUGUUGAUAUAGACAGUGGCAUACAAGAUGGUUGAUGUAAUGGGUAGUCCUUAAUUGAACUAACUUCUGUUGACACUGAAGUAUACAAAACAUAAACUCUGUACAAUGAAUACCAGCAUAUGCAAACACCGAACUGGAGAUACUUUUAAAAAACUUUUUUUCUCCCAAGUUCAACAUAGCAAGUAAUCCACCUAACACUAUGCAUAUGUUGUAAAACUUACUUGUUUAAAAUGACACUUAAUUUUUCUAGAAAUAGUUAAUGCUAGGUGAUAAGGCCUUUCUAUUUUUGAAAAGGUUCAGAUAUCCCGGUCCUUUAAAAGCAUUUUGUGAUGGUAAGCUGUCCUGUUUCCCUUAUUUAUUUAUGGUAUUUCACCAGUGCACUGGGGAUUUAGAAAAACCUCAAGCCACUUUAUUGGUGUAGCCUCAUUACUUGUCCAAAUUAUCCCCAUUGCCAAUGAUUUCAAGUAUACAGGACUAAUGUCCUGAUUGUUCAAUAGGCAAAACACAAUAUUUUAUGGUGAUAUCAGUAGUAAAAUAUUUUUGUACAAUAAAUCAUUACUUGGAAUCAUAAAUCGUUUUGUAAUGGUGUUAAUGGAAAUGCUGUGCCUUUCAUAAUAAAUGCAUAAAUUAUUACGUGUUUCAGUUUGUUAAUGAACUUGCUAAAUGAAACCAUUCUCUCCUUAAGCUUUUGCAAUACUUUGAAAUAUUACAAAUCCACCACAGGCUUUGUUCCUAUUAGCCGGGAAAGCAGCCUUACAUUUCACUUAGUGCCAAGUGUCCAUAAGAAGCAUGGACAGCCAAAUGGCAAGGGACUCACAUUUUUACCAUAAUGUCGAAAGUGGGAUCAUGGAGCCCAUCAAUGAAAUAUGAGAGUUUUACCUUGAAUCUCAGAGCAGAAGUGAGGAUUUUUGAAGCACAAGUCUUUGGGUUCAUAGAUCUGUCUUGUCGUCUUGUUUGUCAUUAUGGCCUGAUUGGACUCAAUUGAGCUCUAAUAAAUUAUAUUACGUAGAAGCCAUUAUCAUCCAUUGUAAACAAUAUUAUCCAUAACAACUAUAUAAACAUAAUACGAAUAUGAAGCUGAAGAGAAAAAAAAUGUAGAUUUCACAUUCAUUUUUAAAACUUUAAAAUUCAAUUUAAAACAUAUUAACAAGAAAGCCCUCUUCAGGCCAGGGUUUCUGUUGCCGAGGAGGGAGCUAUACACACAUGAUUCCCAGAGGGCUAUGGGGUUUCAAGGUGACUGUUCAGACAAAUGAACCCUAAUCUUGAAGCAUUGUCAGAACUAAGGGUGUGCAAUAAAAUGCCUUUUGGUCUGGAACAUGUGUCAUUUCUGAAUAUUAUUCCAAAUUGAUCAAGGAAGCUGCUGUAUUUAUUCACCAAACAACAAUAUCUACCCCUCUUAACUGCAGAGAAGUCCCCUUUACGUGGUCAGGUCAAUGAAACAAUGAAAAUAAAUCUAAUGUUUUUGCCAGGAUAGAUGGCAAUAAUCAGAAAUGAUGUCAUUUGCGUCAUCUAUUGAAAAUGUUUUAUAGGUUUCUUUGAAACAGAGAUUUCUAGCAAUGUGAAAAGAAAUUACUAAGAUGCAUUUAUUAUUACCGGUAUUAUUAUUAUUAUUAUUAUUAUUAUUAUUAUUAUUAUUAUUAUUUGCAUUCCUGGCAACCUUAGCUUAACUGGUUUAUCUUCCCAAUGAUUUUCAGGAAAAUCUGUCUUUGUCAAUGAUGAAAGAGCAACCUAUAGUGAAAGAGGUUACUGAAAAUAUUGAUUUAUUAUGGAUCAGGCAGUUAUAAUGGUUUAUUAGACUUACAAUUUAUUAGGGUCCAUCAUUUUCUAAGCUGAGUAGACUUUAAUAUACAGUAAAUUGGGGGGGGGGCAAAAUUCAUCCCUAGCAUUUUAUUAGACAUUUGUAUAUCUAAUAAAAUGGCGCUGGCGGUUCGAAUCCCCGUGGUGGGGUGAGCUCCCGUUGCUCGGUCCCAGCUCCUGCCAACCUAGCAGUUCGAAAGCACCUCAGAGUGCAAGUAGAUAAAUAGGUACUGCAACAGCGGGAAGGUAAACGGUGUUUCCGUGUGCUGCUCUGGUUCGCCAGAAGCGGCUUUGUCAUGCUGGCCACAUGACCUGGAAGCUGUAUGCCGGCUCCCUCAGCCAAUAACGCGAGAUGAGCGCCGCAAUCCCAGACAGAGUCAGUCACGACUGGACCUAAUAGUCAGGGGUCCCUUUACCUAUAUCUUUACUUAAAAUUCACAGAAGCCUGAUUUCUGUCCACUUAAUAAGUUAGUAAUUGAAAUACAGGAUCAUUUAGAUUGGAAACUGCAGGUUUGAAAAUAGGUGGGGAACAUUUUCAGCCAGAUCCUGAGGUCCCCCACCCCCAGUGGGCCAUUUUACCAGAUGGCUAGGCCCACCUAGUAGGUAUGAUUUCAGGUGACCCAUUUUUUUCUUUGCACUGUGGCCUGAGUUCCAGUUUCAUGUCCGAGCCACUCCCUGCGGAAAAGGGUGUCUCACUGGCUGCAGAAAGAAGGAAUAGGAGCCACCACCACAACAGGCUUGUGUGUGUGUGAUGUCACGCAUCCGCAUUGCAGUGGCGGUCUCUCACAAUCUUGAGGGCAAGACAGCACCCCUGUUUUGGAGUGCAAAUUCAUUGAGCAGGCCCUAACCAUGUCAGCACUGAUGUUAACUACAGUUAGGGGUAUUAACAGAGCCUGGCGUGCUCUGGUCCCUGGGGUCACGAAGAGUCGGACAUGACUAAACGACUAAACAACAACAAGGGGUAUUAAGGGUUCCUGCUUCCAGCAUCAACAGCCAGCUUUAAACCGUUGUUUCAGAUACUGACUCAAACAGGAACCCUGACAACCUCAAGCUAUGGUUAACAUAAAUGUCAAUAUAAAAAUUGUCUGUGGUUAAUCUCAGCAAGGGACAUCUGCACUCCAAAAAAGAGGUGGCACGAUGAGUAAACCAGUUGAUGGCCAUGUCUUAUCAUUCAGUAGUGUUGUAUCUGCACUGGCAUUUGUAGCUGUGCUAGCAAAUGAUGUGAGUUAGAGUGUAUUUCAAUCCUGUUUUAACUUCAUACUUUAUUUCAUCCAAUUAGUUAUUAUAGAG